AUGGGUACUCCCUGCAGGAGCGUAAAGCUCAGGCCGAGAGUUCUUAAGUUUGGGUGGAUUCCGGUGAACUUUGUAGUUCUGGGCCAUGGGCCCAAGGAUGGUUCCCUGCACUGUAGCGACUCUGCAAUUUUGUCUGGAGCUACCGUGACCUACUUUGCUUGCAACGCGCACGCCACGCCUCAGGAUGCCACCCUGGACAAGCCUCGAGGGAGGACCGGGGGGGGACUUGUUGAAUACUGUCCCGCCACAGCGUGUGGCCACCUCUGCCCAGACUUCGACGAUGAUGUGGUUCCCUUCCGCGUGUGGCCGGACGAAGUUGCUGCCGCCGACGGCAGCCUCGAGGAAGAGUCUUUUGGCGGGCUGCUCUGCUUAAGCAGCCCCUGA